AUGGACAACCAGAUCGAGAAGGCCAUCGAGAUCGCAUGGAGCCCGACGUCCGACCAGGCGCUCAAAGGCCAGGCCUUUGACUACCUCCACCAGCUUCGCUCCGACUCCCAGGCGUGGCAAAUCUGCGCUGCGCUCUUUACCCGAUCACCGAGAACGUCAGAGGUUGUCCGACUCGUGUCCCUGGAGAUUGUCAAUAAUGCUGUGCAGACUCAAGCUUUCGAUGGCAACAGCCUCUCUUUCCUGAAGGACACGCUCCUCGAAUACAUCAGACGGACGUACGGCAGCGGCGAUCCCGACCCUCAGGUCGAUCCACCAGCCCUGCAGAACAAGCUCACGCAGACGCUCACAUAUCUGUUUGUGUACUCGUACCAGGAAGGCUGGGAGACGUUCAUCGACGACUUUCUCGCCCUGACCAGCUCACCCAACGGCAAUGGAGGACGUGACAACGUCGCCGGCGUGGUGCUGUAUCUGCGUAUGCUGGGCUCAGUGCAUGAUGAGAUUGCCGACGUCAUGCUGACGCGUCAGUCGGCCGAUCUCAAGCGGAACAAUAACCUCAAGGACCUGCUCCGGGACCGAGACAUGCACAAGAUUGCAAGGUCGUGGCAGGAACUGCUGGUGCAGUACAGCAACCAGAACGACCACAUCCUUGAAAUGACGCUCAAGAUAAUAGGAAAAUGGGUCAGCUGGAUAGACAUAUCCCUGGUUAUUAACCAGGACAUGCUCAGCCCUCUAUUCUCGCUCAUCGGACGUGUUAAACCCCAUGGUGGCGACGACAAGGUGCGCGAUGCCGCUGUCGACACCAUCACAGAGAUCGUGGCCAAGAAGAUGAAGCCGGCAGACAAGGUCGACCUGAUAUCUUUCCUGAAUGUGCGUGAGAUCGUGUCGCGGCUCGUGGCCUCGCCCGCACUUCAUGAAUUUCAAAAGACGCCCGAAUACGACACCGACCUCGCCGAGGCUGUGGCCAAGCUCGUCAACACUGUUGUGGCUGAUAUCGUGCGCGCACUGGACGACUCCAGCGUCCCGCCCGAGAUCAGGGCGCGUGCUGAACCACUCCUGCAGGAGUUUUCGCCGCUGUUGCUACGUUUCUUUUCGGACGAGUACGACGAAGUCUGCUCAACCGUGAUCCCUGCACUGACCGACCUCUUGACGUUUUUGCGCAAGAUCCCCGAUCUCCCGUCGGCCUACAGGGAUAUGCUGGCGCCCAUUCUCAAUGCCAUCGUCGGGAAGAUGCGGUACGACGAGACGGCCAAUUGGGGCAACAAGGAGGAGCAGACCGACGAGGUGGAGUUCCAGGAUCUUCGGAAAUGGCUGCAGAACCUGCAGAAAAGCGUGGCUGCAGUCGACCAAGAUCUCUACAUCGAUGUGUUGAGCAAUCUGAUUGCCAGUGCUUUUCAAACACUCGACCAGAUUGGCUCAAACAUGGACUGGCGGGAUCUCGACCUUGCUCUGCAUGAGCUUGACCUUUUUGGCGAGCUGUCCAUACCCAACCAUGGUCUCUCCGCCAAAAGCAAGCCGUCAACUGCUGCCCAGUCCCGGAUGGUGGCCCUGAUGGGCAAGAUGAUGGAGUCCGUUCUUUUGCAGUAUAUGGAGCUAUGCAACCGCUACUGCAGUUUCUUCGAAAGCCACCAGGAAUACAUCCCGAGGGUACUAGAGACCUUUGUCCGGCUGACACACCACGAUCAUCCACGCAUACGAAUCCGGUCAUGGUAUCUGUUCCAUCGCGUUGUCAAGCAAUUGAGGUCCCAAGUCGGUAACGUGGCAGAGACGAUCAUCCAGUCCAUCAGCGACCUAUUGCCCAUUCGGGCAGAAGUUCCCAACGACGAUGUGGACGACGACAUGUCGUCAGACGAGUCCGACCACUCUGCGGACGCGCUGUUUAAUGGACAGCUGUUCCUGUUCGAGGCCAUUGGCUGUGUAUCGUCGACAAGUGCGACGCCUGCCGAGAAGCAGGGUCUCUACGCGCGGUCGGUGAUGGAUCCGCUGUUUGCGGACAUGGAGCGGAAUCUGCAGCGGGCCAAGGCGGGAGAUGCUCAAGCCAUCCUACAGAUUCAUCAUAUCGUCAUGGCUCUGGGUACACUGGCAUAUGGCUUCUCCGACUAUCAGGUGCCGCAAGGCAGUGGCAGUGGCGGCGGUAGUGGUGGCAGCACCGGGGGCAAUCGGCCGGCACCGGACAAGGCCAUUUCGGCCGAGUUCUCGCGGGCAGCCGAAGCGAUCCUCAUUGCGCUCGGUGAGCUGAACGGAAAUUCGGAGAUCCGUGCGGCCUGCCGCUCGGCCUUCUCGCGCCUGCUGGGCGUGCUGGGUGCGGCCGUGCUGCCGCAGCUUCCCCAGUGGAUCGAAGGACUGCUGUCGCAGACGUCGUCGAUGGACGAAAUGGCCUUUUUCUUGCGGCUGCUCGAGCAGGUCGUGUUCAACUUCAAGGCGGACAUUUACAACGUGCUGAACAUGCUGCUGACACCACUGCUACAACGAGUGCUUGGAGGGCUGUCCGAGCCCAUCACGGGGACCGAUGACGAGAUCCAACUGGCAGAGCUACGACGCGAGUACCUUACGUUUCUGCACAUCAUCCUGGUGAACCAUCUCGAGGGCGUUCUGAUCAGCGAGGACAACCAGGGCUUUUUCGAGACGGUGAUUAACUCAGUGACCGCACUGGCUCGCAUCAUCGGACACGGCAAUCUGGUGGCCAGCCGGCUGGCUUUCAGCGUGCUAGCCCGCAUGACAGUCGUCUGGGGAGGGCCAGACGUGGUGACGAUCGCGGCGUCGGCAGACAACAACACGAAUGAGAACGGCAGCAGCAAUAGCAACAACCAGUCGGCCAACAACGGGACUGGUGGCUCGUCCUCGCCGUUGAUUCCGGGUUUCGACAGCUUCGUCAUCGAGCGGUUCCAUUCGGCCUGCUGGGACGUGCUGUUCGAUCCGCAGUUUCGUCCCGGCAAAGACGCACAGUCACGACAGGUGCUCCACGAAAUUGCCGGUUUGGAGCAGACCAUCUACGCCAAGACCGGCGACGCGUUUGUCCAGCACCUGCAGGCGACGCUGUUUCCACGACUGGGCGGAAUGGAGGCUGGAGCCGAGUUUGUGCGCUCCAUGACGACUGCGGUGGACCGACGGGCGUUUGCGGCAUAUCUCCAGACGCUGCGGAAGAGCGGCUAA